ACAAUCUGCCAAACUUAUAAAAAUAUUGAAAAAGAUCCUAUUGAAGCUCGAUAUAAAUUUCCCAUUCAUGAAGCUGCAGCAGUCUGCGGAUUUGAAGCAGAUAUUGAUGGACAAAGGAAAGUAAAAGGUAUCGUAAAAGAAGCAAAUAAAGCCGCAAAAGAAUAUACCGAAGCAAUAGAGAAAGGGCAUGGCGCAUAUUUGUUAGAAUCUGAAUCUGCAGACGUAUUUCAAUGUUCUAUUGGAAAUAUUAAAUCUGGACAAACUAUAGUCGUAAAGAUUACGUAUGUUUCGGAACUUAAACAUGACUCUGAAACAGAAAAAAUCAGAUUUGUUCUUCCAACUUAUAUCGCGCCAAGAUAUGGUUCUUCUACUUCAACAUCAUCCUCAGAUUACGGGAAAAUUCUUAAGCCUGAUUCCGUGUUAUAUUCUAAAGAAGCUAAUUUUUAUUUAGAUCUCACUGUUACUUGUAGAAUGACUUCAAUUAUUCAAAAUAUUGAAUCACCUUCACAUAAAAUUUCUACUGAAAUGAAUAUUGACGAAAAUCCUAAAAUUUCAAAGAUCACUUUAGUUGAUCAAAUCACUUAUUUAGAAAAAGAUUUUAUUCUUGUAAUUAAAAGUAAAGAUCUUGAUCAACCACGUGCUUUCCUUGAAUACAAUCCCGAAACGCAAACUAACUGUGUUAUGUUAACUUUGGUUCCGAAAUUUUCAUUGAAUACAACUUUUACUGAACUAAUUUUUGUCGUUGAUAGAUCGGGUUCAAUGUCUGGUGAACCUAUGAAGAAAGCUGCGGAAGCACUUGAAUUAUUAUUACGUUCAAUUUCUGAAGAUUGUUACUUUAAUGUAGUUUCAUUUGGAAGUCAUCAUGAUUCUCUUUUCUCUAAAAGUCAACUUUAUUCUGAAGAAUCAUUAUCUGAAGCUAUUAAUCUUGCUCAAACGAUGUCUGCAUAUUAUGGAGGGACAGAAUUUUAUAAUGCACUAAAAUGGACAUUUGAAAAUUCAAGAAAUGAUAUGCCAACUACUGUAUUUCUUAUUACAGAUGGUGAAGUUUGGAAUGUUAAUCAGAUUGUAGAACUUAUACGUAUAAAUGAAGAAAAAAAGAUUAGUGACCUACGUCUUUUCUCUUUAGGAAUUGGUGAUGCGGUUUCUCAUCACUUAGUCGAGUCUGUUGCUCGUACUGGUAAAGUAUAUGCUCAAUUUGUAACAAAUAGUGAAAGGAUGGACAAAAAAGUUAUUGGAAUGUUAAAGAAUGCAUUGAAACCACCAAUCAAGGAUUAUGAAAUUACUUGGACUGACAAUAAUUUCUUAGAAUCAACUAAAGAUUAA